AACUAAACGAAGAAGAUACGCUUUGCUAUGAUUUCAUUAAGCAGCAGUCGUAUGGGAUGAGAAUCAACUGGACAGGACACAUAUCGGGACUACUGUAUUAUAUAUAUAUAUUUAUAUUAUUAUAUAUUAUCUCAUCUUUAUGAACUAGGAAAAUAACGUAGAAUAUACUUUCGCUUUCCGCUCUGCUUUUGACGAGUGGCUCGGCCAAUCACUAACUAACGUUAAAUGUUGACGUUCAGCGUUAGCAAACAUCGGAACUCCCCCUUUAUUUUUUCAGCUAUUAGCUAACUUAUUCAAAAGGGCGAGGAGCAGUGAAACAACAUCGACACACAGCCUUUUGCCGGCAGUGUCGUCAGUGGUUUCCAGCUUGGCCAUCAGUCCUCUGGCGCAGCUCUUGUUGUAGUGGCGGGGCAGGAGGGAAACCCAGCAGGCAGAGAGACAGCAGGACUCAGGAUGCCUCUGUUCUUCAGGAAGAGGAAACCCAGCGAGCACUCCCAGAAGAGACUGGAAUAUCAGCUGUGCCGGUCUAAGGAGGCAGGUGCUGAUGACAUCCUGGACCUUUCAGUUUGUGAGCUGUCAGAGGUUCCCUCCAGUGCCUUUUCCAUUUGCAAGGUGCUACAGAAGAAGGUCCUCAUUCUCCAUAACAAUGAGCUGAGGUCACUGCUGCCCAAAGGAUGUGACAUUAGCACCCUUUCCACUUUAAAGGUUUUGGAUCUGCAUGAGAACAAGCUCACCUCACUCCCAGAGGACAUUGGGAAGCUGGCGUCACUGCAGAUUUUGAAUGUAGAGAAGAACUGUUUGAAGGCCCUGCCGGACUCCAUUGGAGAUCUGCGGCUUCUGCAGACACUCAACUUGAAGGGUAACUGUCUAAGCGAGCUGCCGUCCUCAUUUGGUUCUUUGAGCAGCCUGCGCACCCUGGACCUGAGUGACAACAACAUUGUCCAGCUCCCCAAAGCUCUGGCCUACGUCCGCACCCUAGAGAGCUUUACACUUGAUGCUGCCAUGAUGUCCCACCCACCUGCGUCUGUGUGUACAGCGGGCACAGAGAGCAUCCAACGCUUCCUAUGCACCGAGCUGGGGGAGGAGUACUGCCCCCCAUCCCAGUAUCUCCUGCCGGUGCUCGAGAGUGACUGUGGCAGUCAGAACUCUGACUGUUUGGAUGGCUUGGAGGAGGCCUGGCAGACCAAAUUCAGUGACUAUGAGAAAAGAAAGGAACAGAAGCAGCAAGAGAAGCUGGCCUUCGAACGGCACUUGGAGGAGAAGAAAAAGGAGCACACCCAGCUUAUUCUCAUGAACACCUCCCGCAAGGAAAACAUGCUCAACUCAGUCCGACAGGAGCAGGAGCGUCUGGAGCAGGGGGUCAGCCAGCAGCAGAGGGCUCAGGAGGCAGAGAGGCUGCUGGUGCUGGAGAAGGUCCGACAAGCUGAAGACAGCAUCAGCAGUCGCAUCAGCAGCAUGCUGAUGGACAAAAACAGACAGAAAAAAAGUGCUGAGUUUCUUCAAGCCAUGGAGGAAGAUCGAAUUCGUAUGGAGCAUCUGGCUGCCAUCACACAGGAAGAAGCCAAUUCACUGAGGAAGAGGGAGGUGGCAGCGGCCAUGCAGAAGAUGCUGUCGGACAGCUGUGCUAUGAGCCUCCUCCAGGAGGCCAGUGACUUUCGCAGACGGAGCCUGGCGUCGGAGGCCUACAGAAGUAUGGAGAAUUUGGACAGGAAGUUUGAUGAGAUGCUGUCUCUCCAAGUUUUGGACAAAUCUAAAGCCAUUGCCCACAUCUUACAGGAGGAGGAGAUGCAGAAAGCAGCAUUCCAGGCCUUGCAGCUGCAAAAAGAUGCUGUACAUGGCUACAUCCGCAACCAGAUCAAGCUCAUAGAGGGUGAAUUAAUGCAGCUGACUAAAUUGGAGAUUAAAAGACGCAAUCUGGAUGCUGAGAACCUGCAGGAGGUUCUGGUGGAGCAGCGCACAGCUCUCAGUGAUUUGUUGCAACAGCUGCUGAAGCAGAGAGACCAGAGAGAGAAGGAGCUGCGGCAGGUUCUGGCGGAGAUGGAGCUGAAGUCUGAGUCUAACCAGCAGAACUACUGGAUGAUCCAGUAUCAGAGACUGUUGGAUGCCAAGCCCCUGUCACUGCGCAUGCAGGAAGCGGGAAUGGAGAAAGAGUUAGUCAACCUGUUGUGCAAACUGUCAGCUCAGCACUACCUACCCGUCCUGGCUCAUCAUCGAGUGACGACUGAGGCUCUUUGCCACAUGAACUCCUCUGACCUCAAGAAGCUUGGCAUUAAUGAAAUAGGAAUCCAGAAAGCUCUUUUGAACUGGGCUCAGGAACACCAUCUUGAAGGAGCUUGUAAGGCUGUCCAGCAGGAUGAGGAGGCAGAAGUCAUCCCCACAGCUCCAUUGCCUUCCUCCCCUCCAUUGUUUCCCAACACUUUGACCACCCAGAUCCCCAGCCCACCACUCACCCCAGGGACCCCCGUCACUCCCUCAGCCCCUAGCCCUGUGGAGGGACCAGGGAGCUCCGAGUGUGUGGUCUGCAUGGAGACCGGGUCUCAGGUCAUCUUCCUGCCCUGUGGUCAUGUAUGCUGUUGUCAGGUCUGCAGCGACGCUCUGCAGAACUGCCCUCUGUGUCGUAGCGACAUAUCUCAGCGGAUACGCCUCUACCACGGCUAGAACCGACUGCACCGCUGCGCUGCUCCUUCACUCACCGCAGCUCUCCUUAUUUUUGCAUGAUCGUGAAGCUGCUGUGAGCUAACCUUGUCACGUAUAGAAAGGCUCUCAGCAGGUUUUCAAAGAGCUGAGCCACUUUCCUGUAUUAACCAAACAGUACUUUGUGAUGUAUAUGCAGAAACAAGUUUUUAAUAUAAUAAUUUUUAAUGGUGUUGUGUUUUUGGCUGUCACUGGCUUCCAAGCCUGUUGUAUUUUGUGGUUCUUUUUAAAUUCUAUAAUUUAUUUAUUUUUGUAUCAUAUAUUAAGAGCCAAGUAGGUUACCCCACUCACUGGUUCGAGACUGACUGUUCUUCGCCUUAUUAUACCUUCUCAAUUGAUGUGUGCCUUUUUCUGGAAAUCUCUUUUUUUAAACAAUACUAUUUGUCUGUGUUGUCAACCAAAGUAACACCUGUCCAACAUUUAUUAAGUUAACUAAAAGAUAAUCUAUUGAUUGAUAUUGCUUUUUGCUAUCAUUGCUGGUUGUCACUGCAUCACUAAUGCAGCCUCAUGUUGUUGCUCUUCAAUCCAUUACACAACUUGUCUUGCCCUCACCAGAAGCACGUUUCCCUUCUUAUCCAGGUCGAAGAUCGCAAAGGGAACUCAGCUUUUAUAUGUCAAGUUUAUUUUUUGUUGUGAGUACUGCUCAUCCUGUAAAACAGUUGUAUCAUUUUUUUCUGCUUUUUAAAUUCUGGGAACAUAAGCCUGAUGAUGUCAUGUAGCUUGGAGACGACAGAAGAAAGUGGGGGCAUGGGGUGUUUACCCAACAGGUGGGAUCUAAUUAUGGUUGCUGCUUUAACUUGGACCCUUCUUAUGUUUUUUUAUUUUUUUAUCUGUCUCACUUAUCCCCCCCCGCUUUAUGAAAGUGCAAUACUAAAUUGGUGAAGUAUCCAUUUAAAACUACAUUUUGACACAGGGACCCUCUUUAAGAUCAGAUAAUAAAGCAUGAGUCACCUUAUGCUCUUAUCAUGCCAGUUGAUCUGGUGCUUUAGUGGUGCAUAUGUUCCUAUUUCUCCAAACAAAGUUACAAUUAAUCAAGUCAACACAAACCAUUUGCCAAACUGUCCGCUUUAGGUUCCUUUCCUCUUGUCUCUCGCAUAUCUUUCGAUCCCAGUCUUAUUUGAAUUGCUAUAUAUGGUACAUAGUGUAUGUAUGAACUAACAACACAUCGCCUGUUUGUAGCCAUCACUAAUGCUAUUAUACUCUUUCAAGUGCUCUUAACUUUGACAUCUUAGCAUGUUUCAGGAAAUAUCUACUACUACUUAUUGUAUAGAGUCUGUUAAAUGUAGCUUGUAAGAGAUUCCACUUCUGUAUCAUUUUCCUGUAUUCACCUUGUGGUCAAUGUAAAAGCUGAAAUUGUGUUGAAAGAGAUGCACUGUUCCUACACAGGCAGCAACAUUUGGAAAUGUACUGAAAUACAGUGUGCAAACUGUG